AUGUUCUGCUCAAAGUUUCACGUAAGAGAACGAGAGCGACGGAAGCAGCAUGUAGCUGGGUACAAACCGCCGAGCAAUUCAUCCGUGAGCCAGAUAAAUAUCCAGCUGUACGGCCAGGUCGGCGCUGGGAAGUCCAGCUUCCUCAACACCAUCAACUCCAUCUACAAAGGCCGCGUGUCCGCACAGGCAAUGACCGGGAAUCAGGCAACCAGUCUUACUAAAAAGUACCGUCCCUAUGAGGUGCGGGCAGGUCCGGAUGGCGAGGCCCUGUGUUUCCGGCUGUGUGACACCAUGGGGCUGGAGGACGCCAGUACCGGCCUGCACCUGGACGACGUGUCCUACCUCAUAGACGGCAACGUACCGGACGGCUACCAGUUUCAUGCGGACGUUAGAAUCACCCCGGCCACCCCUGGCUUCAAGAGCACGACCAGUCUAAAGGACCGCACUCACUGUGUGGUGCUGGUCAUGGACGCCGGCAACAUCAGCGUCAUGCCACAGGACACCGUGGACAAGCUCAAGGCCAUCUAUAGGAAGGCACUGGAUCGGGAAAUACCCACCGUGAUCUUGCUGACUAAGGUCGACAAAGCGUGCGAACACGUGGCCGAUGAUCUCUCCCUGGUGUUCCGCAGUAAGUUCGUUCUGGAGAAGGUGGAGGAGGUGAGCGGGAAGUUCGGUCCGUCGGAGACGCACAUCUUCCCGGUACAGAACUACUCCCGCCAGUCCGCCCUGGACACCAAGGUAGACAUCCUGGCCCUGGAGGCCAUGGCGCAGAUCCUCGGCUUCGCGGACGACUAUCUGCAGAACAACCUUCCCAAGAUCUGUUUAACUGAAUCUGUUUAACUGUUAGGUGUUUGUCUGUGCUUUUGUACCAGGAUUUCCUGAAAAACAGGCCAGAGUGGCCUGA